AUGGCUAUGUAUUACUACGCAAGUAAAUUGAAUGAGGCGUCAUGUAGUGGAUGUAAUGUGAAGUUGCCCCCUCCUCCAACCGAGCCUGCUCCGCCACCACCUGAUCAUCCAUCGAUGACCCCGGACACCACUCUGCUUCAUGGCUCUGGUCUUUCUUAUUACGAUAAUGAUGACUACUAUUCAAUGGUAAGAGGGAAUAAAUUCAUGUCUGAAAAUAGCUGUAAACACACAGUGAUGAACGGUGGUAUCAAUUUUGUCAGUGCCCAAACUGUUGAAGCACCCCAGUUGGCAGCAGUAUUGGCUCCUGCUGUGCUUGUUGAGAAAACAGAUGUAGAGUAUAAAGAUGGGCAACUAGUGAGUGCAACAUUCGAUACCCUUGUGGACAUGUUACGUCCUGGCGCUAGCAAGUCCUUCACGUUUACAUUCCUACUCUGCUCUCGACUAUUUGUCAAACCUCACGAGUUGCUGUCUAAACUAUCAAAGAGAUAUUUCAAGAACUAUGACAAAGUGGGUAAAGGAGAGAUGAAGGAGCUAAUAGAAAAAGAGGUGACUGAUAUGACUGCCUUAGUGCGGGUACUCAGUCAGUGGACAGCUAUGUUUCCGUAUGAUUUCCGCGACGAUAGGGUCAUGGCACUUGUUAGAAGCAUUACCCAAAGAUGUGCAGCAGAACAUAUGUCAUCUAUUAGAUCUGAAGUAUCUAGCAUGCUGGAGAGGCUGCUAGAUAAAUUGACGGCUCUUGAGCAAUAUGAGGAGACGUUAGUUGAUGUUGCACAGGUCAAUAGCGUGGAUCAAUUGCCACAGGGUGAUAUUUUGACAUUGGGUCUGACACCGGUAGAACUUGCAAAUCAACUCACUGUUGUGGAACUCCAUCGGCUAUCAUUUGUCGGACCUGAAGAGUUUGUACAAACAUUUGCUCCUCCCCAACCGGGGCAAUCGACGUCUAAAAAGAAUAUCAGCUUACAUCACGUGGAAACUAAGAGCACAAAGAAUCUGGAGGCCUAUGCUGACUGGUUUAAUAGGCUGAGCUACCUAGUCGCUUCAGAUAUUUUGAAGGCAGUAAAAAGCAAGUAUCGCGCUCGCAUUAUGGAGCAAUGGGUGAUGACCGCACGAGAAUGUUUCAACUUGGGCAAUUUCAAUUCACUAAUGGCUAUUAUAAGUGCCCUCAAUAUGGCGCCCAUUAGUCGUCUUAAGAAAACGUGGAGUCGUACCAGUGCAGUAUGUGGACAGCAGUUGAGACAAUUGGAACUAUGUGUGGAACCCAGUGGAAAUCAUGCUAGGUACCGAGCAGCGCUGGCCGCGGCCCCCACGGAGACGGCAGUUCCUCUGUUAUCUGUAACGUGCAGGGAUUUGCAUUUCGCCAACCAGGGAUCGCCUACGAAACUGGCCGGGAACCGAGUGAACUUCGAGAAGUGUUCGCUGCUGGCGCGGCACGUGAGCGCGCAGCUGGCGUCGCGGCGGCUGCUGGGCGAGGGCCCCGCCGCCGCGCAGGCGCCCCCCGCGCCCCCGCCGCGCCCGCCCGCCUGGCGCUUCCUCAGCGACCGGCCCACGCUCACCGAGCAAGCGCUAGAACUAAUAUCGUUUGAACGUGAACCACCCGUAGAUCACCUAGAGAAGGAGAGGCUGAAGCGUUUACGAGGCGCCACGUAA